GAUGUAUCGUUUACUUUCUCACGUAUCUAAACAGUGUUCACAACUAAAGCAAUCAUCCUAAAGUUGCCCCAGAAACUUGUGUCGGUGAAGGCGUGGAUACGGGGAAGAAGAGCAAGACAAAGUCAUCGGAAGGCAUUGAAAUGAGAAGGCAUCCACUCUUCACCUUCUUGUGCCCUUUCAUGGUUCUUCUUUCAGUUCUAGGCCCGUCAUAUGCGGGUGACACGUUAAGUUCAGGCCGAUCCAUUAGCGAUGGAGAGACGCUAGUUUCCUCGGGCCAAAGCUUUGAGCUCGGCUUCUUCUCUCCUGGCAACUCCAACAACAGGUUCUUGGGGAUAUGGUACAAGAUCAUUCCCGAGACCGUCGUAUAGGUGGCCAACAGAAACAGUCGGCUCGCCGAUUCGGAUGGUACCCUCACAAUUACUAAUGAUGGAGCACUUGUUCUUCUAAACCAGUCGAAGAGUGUCGUUUGGUCUUCAAAUUCAUCGGGGAUGCUUAGGAAUCAGGUUGCUCAGCUUUUGGACUCGGGAAAUCUUGUUCUUAGAGGAAAUAGCAGUUCGAGUUCUGAGGAAUAUUCAUGGCAGAGCUUCAACUACCCAUCCGACACGCAAUUUGCCGGUAUGAACAUCGGGCGGAACUUGGCAACUGGUUUAGAGAGUUACCCGACUUCCCGGAGAAGCGCAGAUGAUCCCUCCCCCGGAGGCUAUAUGUUCAGACUAAGCAAUCGGGAGUUGCCACAAUGGGAAAUAGUCUCAACAGAUUCGGGAAUAAAGCAUCGGACGGGACCGUGGAAUGGAGUUCAAUUCGGUGGUGCUUCCAUGGCACCAAGUUCAUUCUCCCAGCUUGCACUAAUUUACAACGCGAGUGAGAUAUAUUUCGUCUACGAGCCUCUAUCAAAUGGAGUCAUUACGAGAGUCACUUUAAACCCGUCCGGAUUAGUACAACGUCUCAUGUAUAUGAAUGGGAGCGCUACAUGGGAUACCAUGUACUCGGCUCCAAAUGAUAUAUGUGACAAUUAUGCUGAGUGCGGUUCCAAUGGUUUCUGCAGAAUAAACGAGGCUCCGAUAUGCAAAUGCUUACAAGGGUACACGCCCAAGUCUCCGGAAGAAUGGGACCCCGUUAAUCGUUCUUCGGGCUGCGUGAGAAUACUAUCCCUUAAUUGUUCGAAAGGAGAGGGCUUCUUGAAACUCUCCGGGGUGAAACUACCUGACACGAUAGAUUUACGGUUGGACAAGAACAUGAGCCUCGACGAAUGCAAGGCCAAGUGCUUGAAGAAUUGUUCAUGUGCUGCUUAUGCUAAUUCGGAUGUUAAGGAGGAGGUAGUGGCUGCCUAAUGUGGUUUGGCGACCUAAUCGAUCUUAGAGAAUGUAUUCCCGGAGUUGACUACGAACAGAACCUAUUCAUACGACUACCGGCUUCCGAACUAGAUGCAAUCUGAAGUACCAACAAGAAGAAAAGAUUGAUCAUCAUAGGGAUUCCAUCCAUUUUGGGACUGUUCAUUCAGGCCGCAGCAAUUUGGGUUAUUUACGGGAGAAGAAGAUCGAAAGAGAGAGGUUGGAGAAGUGGAAAAGACGAGUUGGACUUGCCGUUAUAUGAUUUUGCUACAAUCGCUGCUGCUACUGACAAUUUCUCUUGGAGGAAUAUGAUCGGCGAGGGUGGCUUUGGCCCUGUCUACAA